AUGGAUAUCAAAACGUUGCUUGCCAAUCUUCACGAAGAAGUAUCCUGUUCUGUGUGUAUGGUAACAUUUACCGAACCAAAACAGCUACCAUGUUUGUACAGCUUUUGCCUGCAUUGUUUAGAGGGAAUUCAAAGGACGAGUGGCCGUCAUGAUGUCAUAACAUGUCCUGAGUGUCGAAGAGAGAGUCAAGUCCCCGGAGGAAAACUCAAAGAUCUGCCCAACAACUUUCGUAUCAACAGCUUACUAGAUGUGUUGGCCAUAAGGGAGUGCAACUCUACUGGAGUCAAAUGCGGAAACUGCAACAAACGAAGAGUAGAAAGUUUCUACUGUUUUCAGUGCUACUCGUUCUGGUGUGACGAGUGUAUUACAGGCCACAAUAUUAUCCGAGCAAAUAAAGAACACCGAGUUCUCGCGCUUAAAGAUUUUGAAGAUCAAGACAUCGAGGUUGUCCUAAAACGACCAGCAUUUUGUUCACGACCGGGCCACGAAAAGAAAGAACUGGAAUUCUUCUGUAAGAAAUGUCAAGAAACCGUUUGCAGUUCAUGCGUUGUGACCGCUCACGAUGGACAUGUUAAGGUACUCCUAGAAGAAGCGGCAAAUGAAAAGAAAUCGCAAGUCAUGUCCGCGAUUGAGUCCAGAAAAGCAAAUGUGCAAAAGAUGAGAAACAAAAUAUCUAAAAUUGAUGAGGCCUGUCAUAACAUCGAAGCAAACGUCGCAAAAGUAAAAAGAAGCGCGCAACAGUUUGCUGAAAGCAUGAUUACUGUCAUCGAAGCCAAGAAACAGCAAAUCUUUUCUGAAGCGGAUCAUGAGGCGCAACAAUCUCUGCAAAGUUUGCGAGCACAAAGGAUCGACAUUGAAAACAAGGUCAAAAACAUCGAAACAGCAGUAGGAAAAUCUGAAACACUAAUAAAACGAAGCACAAACGCAGAGCUUGCACAGAUACAUAAAACACUGAGCACAAUAAUCCCGAAAGAAGUCGAUGAUGAGCGAGAAGAAGAGGACUGUGACCUUGAAGGACUACGUCAAUUUAUUUUCGAGGAAAACGAAUCCUUGAAGAAAAGAACGAACGAUGAAGGAAUCGGCUGUAUUCGUACGUUUUCCAACAAGACCAAAGAGGAUAAAUCGAUUGCUGAGGGAAAAGGACUCACGGAAGCGAUUGUUGGAAUUCAAGCGAACUUUGUUCUCACAACAAGAAAUGCUGAAGGACAACAAUGCUACGGAAAGCGUGACCGAGUAACAGCGGAAAUAAAAAAUCACCAAGGCCAUGACUGUGCAGCAGAAGUUCGAGUCCAAAAUAAGAAAGAUGGAAGCUACAAGAUCAGCUAUUUUGCCAAAGAAAGUGGAAGACUCAAGGCGGUAGUCAAAGUGAAUGAAGAACAAGUUCGAGGCAGUCCAUUUCCGGUUCAAGUGAAACCCAGACAAUUCAGACCCGUGCUAUCUUUUGGCCAACAAGGUUCGCCUACUGGAAUGUUAAACCUACCCUGGGGAGUGGCAGUGAAUGAACGCGAUGAAAUUGCAGUGACUGAACGCGGUAACAACAGGGUUCAAGUUUUCAGUAGUGAUGGAACUUACUUACGGUCGUUUGGUAGAAAGGGUGAUAAACAGGGAGAGUUUGAUAACCCAGCCGGGAUAACACUACAUGAGACCAAGAACAUUAUAGUCGUGGACGCCCGUAACCACCGUAUUCAAUGCUUCAAUGAGCAGGGUGAGUACCUGAAACAGUUUGGUGGUAAAGGGAAUCUUGAUCACCAGCUGUCUAAUCCCCUUGGUUUAUUUGUAUGUAGUAAAGGCAAUAUUAUUGUUGCUGAUAGCCAUAACAAAUCAAUUAAGAUCUUUUCUUGUGACGGCCAUUAUUUGAGUAAAUUCUGGGGUGAGGGUUUUUUUACCUUUCCUUUGCACUGCAUACAGUAUGACAAAUAUCUGAUAGUGUCAGACUAUGAAGAACAUUGUAUCAAAGUGUUUGAUAAAAAUGGUUAUUUUUUAUACAAAUUUGGAAAGAAGGGAAAGAGGGACGGGGAGUUCAGUUACCCUCAUUGUUUGUCAGUUAACAAGGCAGAUCACCUGAUGGUUUGUGAUGCACAUAAUCACAGAGUUCAGGUAUUUGAGCUGAGCGGAAAGUUUAUAACAAAAUUUGGAUCAAAAGGAAAGAGUAAGGGAGAAUUUAAUCUCCCUAUCUCUUCUGCAGUGCUUAGUGAUGGUCGAAUAGUUGUGUCUGACUUUUACAACCAUCACAUUCAGAUAUUUGAAUAGAUAUCACAUCACUAUGCUUUACCAGAUUUGAAUUAAUUUUUUCAAACCCUUAAACAUGAAACUGCUUUUGACAGGCGAUUUAUAUUUUAUGUAAGAAUCUUCUGAAUGGUCACUGAAACUACAACACUACCUAUUACAUCAUGAAUUUCAGAGAUUGUGCAGUAAACUAACUGUCAUCUGUCAGUCAGCCUAUUUAAUAACCUCUAUUAGGUCAAUAAUUAAAUUGGUUACAAAACUUCUGUUUGAUAGUAAGUUAAAUACGAAUAAAAGGCUACAAAAUUCAGUUCUACUUCCUCAUUAAUCACACUGAGGGGUUCAGUUUCAAUUAAUUCUACAUCCCAGAUAAAGAUCUUGUUACACCUAUAAUUAUUUCCUUAAAUAUUUCCAACACUAAGCUGAGUUGGGAGCCUAUUCCCGGGUUGAACCAGUGGAGCAAAUGAUCUGUUUUAUGACAAUAGUAAUAAAUUCUGUAGUUACUUAAUUUACAAUGUCAUGUAAAAUUGUAAAUAAUCAAACGGUAGAAAUGUGUUAUUAAAUUUUUUGUGAUUGUAUUUUCAAAUUUGCUGUUUAGUAAUUGAUUGACAAAAACAAAGAAGAGUGAUUUGUAACUUUCUGACUGAUCUAUGACCAAUUUAUUCAGGGAGGUUGCAAAUCCACCACAUUUAUUAUAAAGGAAAGCUAAGAUAAUAAUAACCUCAAUGAAUUUUUAAGAUUUGAGGUAAUUUUCCAUCGUUCCAUCUUUUAGGAUUUUGGGUAAAUUUCUGCCAUCCCACCAUUCUGUCAUUCCAUCCUUCAAAAUUACAAGUUGACCCACCAGAAUGUUUACUAAAAGUCAGCCAUAUGGCAAUUUCUAAACAAUAUGCACUUGCCGCUGCACAAAAGCAUCCUUGCAAAAACAGAACUUGAAGAUAACAUGUCAUCCUCACAUGUGAAAAUAUCACUGUUGCCAUAAUUACAUAUAAAAAUUGCACCUUUCAUUGUAAUUCAUUGUAUUGAUAUUUCAUUGGUGUUGAUAAUUAAUAAAUUGAAUACUACACAUGGCUGCUUGGAGAAACAAACUUUCUCUUCUUGUGUAGAAAAAUAUCUCAACACUCAAAGAGAAAUUUCAUAACUUUGCAUUGCCAUGUAAUAUCUUUUACAUUUCAUAACUAGUGAAUUUUCCACAGCCCUCACAAACAGUUUCAAGAAAAAUGCAAGAUCCUCCAUAGGUAAUGGAUUUCCACCACUGAAUACAUAAACCAAGAGGCUCACCCUAAGUAGCUGUGUCUUUCACAAAUAGGAAAAUUCGCCUACCUGUGCUUGUAGCUUUCUGAGGAGCCUCAACCCAUAAGUUAGGUGAACCCCUGUUCAGGACUUUCUGUUUAUCAGGCUGAGCUGAAGUGAAAAAAAAAACAGUGUCAUUGAGUUUCUAGUGGCCUCUUUCCUUGAUGUAAAUGAAAUAAUAAGAAUCACUUUUAGUAAGCCAGGUCACAAGCCAAUUUUUUUGUUGUUGGGUUUUUCUUAACCCUUUAAAUCCCAAGAUCUGAUAGUCAAUUCUACCCUCUAGCUACAACACGUUUCCCUGUAAGUUAGUUAUAAGAAUUUGAUGUUAGAUCAAGAUAACAACCUUACUAGAUAAGUGUGAAUAUUCUCUGUCAUUACCUGCUUACUAGAUAAGGUAAGGAUAUUAUACAUGUACGGAGAAGUUUUGUGUUGAUCACUUCUGGGAGUUAAAGGGUUAAUUCUUUCCAUUCUAAGAGUAAGCAUGGAGAGGAGAGAUCCUUGUAAGGAGGUUGAGCUCUCAGAUUCCAGCUGUCAGUCAAGGGAUUAAGGCUGUUGUAAGGACAAAUCCUGUUUUGCUCACUGAUGGAGUUUAAUUUCCUCACUGAUACAAUUACCUAUUUCUGUUAGCUAUAGUUCUGAUUCCUAAUGACUGGUGCUUAAUCCAAAACUAUCCUGUCUUCACAAUUUUCAGCAACUUAUCACCUGUCUCUUGUACUAAUCACUCCUAGCAGUGAAAGGGUUAAUAGACUUUUGCUCAAAAAGCAUUUUUUAAAGUUUAGUUUGUGCAAUGAUUCAUUUGUGUUAAAUUACUCUAGCCCAAACACAUCCAAAUACACAAACAAGGUACUUAAAUUGAUAUGAAAUGAUUCAUGAUUUUUUCAAAGAUGCUUGAAUUUUCUCUGAUUUAUGUUUGUUAGGCCAUAUUUCCAUAUAUAUUUUACUUCAAGCAUGCUAAGUCUCUAUAUUUUGUCCGGCCGUUUUUUAAUUGAAAAUAUAGUGACUUUACAAUAAAACGAUCGUUAGAAGAUGAUCUACGUCUGACCUUAGAAUAAGCUGAAUAGCUCUUGCAAAUACCCAUCACUAAACGAGCAUGACCAUGCAUACAUAGCUUAUGUGCCGAAGUGAGCACCGUCCAGGUGACUUGUGAUUCAUCAGAGAUCUUAGGUACUUUAGAACUGAAUAAAUGGAACCAUCCAACAAAGAGGGAAUCCGCAUUCAGAAGAGCUGGAUGGAAGAAAAUUACUGUUGCUGUUUAAAUGAAAUAUUCCACACGAGACACGGUACGAUGUCAAUCAGGCCUGCCAUUUUGGACGUGAGAAUAUUGGGACUGGACCGAGUUUCCAUUCCUCCCCCUCUAUCCAAGCAAAGAUAUUUGUGUCCUUAGCAAGUAGUAAAAGUGUAGAGAUCAGAAGUUUCAGGAUAAUUUUACGAUGGCGCUUUGUUCCUUCGGUGGGGUAAAUGAUCAGUGCGGUGCCGCGUCAUGGGCUCUGCACGAAACACGAAUGACUCCUUUGUUGUCUUGCGAUAAUGACAUGACUGCUUGGUUAAAACACAAGUACAAGGGGUCAGGUGUGUCCGGGACGAGAGGAAAACCGGGUGAUACCAAAGCUACAAGUACAGGUAAUUCAAAAUAUCAGAAAGGGCUUAUAUACGCGCAUAAAUGUGGCAAAUGGCUUUCACGAUUUAGAGUCAUCGUCUUCAAAAUACCGAAGAUUUCCCGCGGUAAUUUACUGAGUUCUUGCGCAGUGAGCCAAACAUUUAACAACUUGUUCAAAAGAAGAGCAAAACAGUUGAUUACUAUGCUAAUUUUGGAAGGAAAAAGUGCAGUUUAUUCAUAGGAAUAAUCCCUUCAUCGAAAAAUAACGAUAAGAAUUGUUCGCUGUUUUUUUUUACAUCAGCUCUUAUCACGCAAUCAGAAUUACAGGUAAAAGUCGACAGGUUUCCUUUACUUGUCUGUUUCAUCGACGACAUGUGAACUUGAAAAGUCUUUGCAAAAUUUCUGCAUUGCAACUUUUGGAUGAAAUUGAAAUGUUUAAAAACCUUACCUCCGCGCCGAUUGCUAGUUGUAAUCUGAAACUUGAUUAAUUCACUUGUUGGAUAUAAAAAAUAUAGGUCAACCGUAAUAGAAAUAAAAAUUUUUAAGAGAGCAUUAUGACUUUGCAAUGAUGCCAACGGUUGAAAAUGGGCUCCGUAAUGUCGUCUCAAAAUCGAAUUUCGUUUGCAAUACCGGAUUUACUUGCAAAAUCUGAACUAAGUAAACUGUGUAUUAGUGAAUAGGCAAGAUUAACCAUGGUGUUGCAAAAGCAAAAACUCAGUCAACUACAGUCACUGUGUGACUUUUUUGACGUUGAAAUCAUAGGUAGUGCUAAUCGUAAGGCGACGUAUUAUGAACCUCUUCUACAUUUAGAAAAUUCCUGUGAUUGCCGCCAGUGAUGGUCAACAAACCCGCGUUACUCAAAACUCAGUGAAAGUUGCGUGACUCCUCGACUUGGUCCAGUCCUCUCAAUCUCACGCCCAAUAUGGCAUGUUUCAUAUAAACUGCAACACAAAAUAUUUGUUAUCCAGUUCUCCUUACUGUGGAUUUCUUAUUUACUGCCGAAUGAUUUGAUUUAUUCAGUUCUAACGUACCACGGAAAUCGGAUGGAUCACAAGUCCGCUGGCCACGGUUGUUCGAAGGUUGGAUAGCGCUAUCUACUGGAUAGAGCUCUAUACGGUGGAUAACGCUAUACGAUUUGCCAUCACUUAUCCGCUGGGUAGCGAUUUAUCCGUUGGAUAGUGUUAUCCGCUUUUAAUACAACUGGGCCCUGGACGCUAUCAACUACAACUUGUAUGUAUCAUCCUGCUCUUUUACUGAUGUAAUCAUGAUUAUUUACAAGAGCUAGCUCGGCUAUCAAAAGUUUAGCCAUAGAUCUUCGGUUAACGGUCGUUUUCGUUAAGCUCACUUCAUCUUGCAUUAAAAAAUGGGCCUGAUAAAAUAUAGAGAUUUUGCAUGCUUGGGAGUAUAGUGUGUAUAGAAAUAUGACCUGAAAAAAAUGUAAAUCAGAGGAAAUUCAAGCAUCUCUAAUUAAAAAAGACUGUCAUAUCUAGGUGAGAACACCAUCAUUUGGCUCUAUGAUGGGUUCUGGGUUUUCAAAGAAAAAAAAUACCUUUCGCUAAACCGCUGGGUUUUUUGUAGUGCUGAUCAGAGGCCUUCUUAGAGCAUUUGUAGGCUAUGAGUUGAGGUAUUUCUAAAUAAUGACACUGAUUUGGCUUUAAUGUUUCAUUUUCACUCACCAAAUACAAAAUAAAAUGGAGCCCACUGUGUUAAAUUGUUCAAUGAGCAGGGUAAGCAAACAAGGCAUUUUGGUGGUGAAGGAAAUCUUGAUUACCAGCUAUCUAAUCCUCUUGGUCUAUCCGUAGACAACGACGGAAAUAUCAUUGUUGCUGAUUCAAAAAAUAAAUCGAUCAAGAUCUUUUCUCCUUUUGGCCACUUCUUACGAAAAUUAGGGGGUGAAGGUUCUUUCACCUUCCCGUUUCACUGUGUGCAAUAUGACAAAUAUCUGAUAGUGUCAGACGCGUACGAACAUUGUAUCAAAGUGUUUGAAAGAAAUGGUAAUUUUCUGUACAAAUUUGGAAAGAAGGGGAAGGGGUAUGGGGAGUUCGAUAACCCUCGUUGUUUGUCAGUUAACAAGGCAGGACACCUGAUGGUUUGUGAUUCUUCAAAUCACAGAGUUCAGGUAUUUGAGCUGAGUGGAAAAUUUUUGACAAAAUUUGGAUCAAAAGGAAAGAGUAAGGGAGAAUUUAAUCGCCCUGUCUCUACUGCAGUGCUCAGCGAUGGUCGAAUAACUGUGUCCGACUUCGGUAACAAUCGCAUCCAUAUAUUUGAAUAGAUAGACAUUGCUGGAACGUGACCGAUUUUAGUUAAUUCUGUCCUGUAGUCACACAAGUAACAGCUUUCAGCCAGCAACUAAAUCUUUCAAAGGUAACCACCUUCUGCAUGCAUGGUCAUUAAAACCAUAAAAAUAACCUUAUAAUUUUGUCGAAUUUUGUCUGACUUUAAUAACCAUCGCAUUAAGAAAUUUAAAUGACCAUGACAAUGACAAAAGUAAAAGCUUUCAGACAGUAACCUUCGGCACUUUAUUAAAGCCCUAAUAUAAGCAGUAAAUUUUGAGUUGCAGAGAAUUUGGAUUAAUUUAGCCUGUUGCCAAGAAAAAAAAGUAAAAUAAUGACGCUUGCUCUGCAAGCUGGGGUUUACCUAAGGUUAGUCUGUAAGUCAACUUUGUGAGUAAGCUCUGUUAGGUCUACACUUUGCACUUUUCAGUACUUACGUUUUAUAUUAAGACUAUUAUCCUCACAAGCUACCAAAAUCAGACCCAACUCGACAAAUACAAUCAUCCAUAGUGAUGUACCUGCAAGUAACAAUAUAAUUAGAGAAAAGCACUUUUCAUAGCUAUCAUUCAUUCCUUAGAUAUUUCCAACUCUUCAAAAUUUGAGCUUUUACGGCUUAUCUGGGAACUUAGGCCAGAAUUCGACAAACAGUUCAUGAAUAGUUUAGUGAGAAUAGCAAAUUUUAUGAUUGCAAUUGUAAAUCAUCUUGAGCUGAAAACAUGUAGUAUUUUUCAUCUUCCGCACUGAAUUUGUAAUUAGAUAACUUAUACGACUACGUAGCUCUUUUAGAGGCGCUACCUUGGGUACGCCCUUUCUUCUCCGAAUUUUGUGUUUAUUCUGCUGUUAUGCAACAGCCUUCAAGGACUAUUUUCGUUUAGGAUACCUUUUGAAGUAUGAUUUUAAUUCUGUUACUAAGUUUAUUAUAAUUUUUAUACUGUCAAUCUUGUUUUUGUUCUGCCCAAACUUGACUGUAAGACCAAGAAAUUUAAGUUAGAAAGACAUUUUGUAAAGCGUAAACAUCGCGAAGGUAUCUAUUUAGUAUGCGAACUCUGUUUUGCGUAGCCCAACGUGAUUCGUUAUUUAAGUGUAAAAACAUGACGAGGGUCAGAGAUUGACAGCUCAGUAAGUGUCACCUUUAUAAACGGUGACUCACACUUUCCUCGGGAGAUCAGAGCUAGUCUUCGUUGUAAUAACUUGUGUAGAAGAGAGAAUAAAGAAAGAGACAACAAGACAACUAGUGUUAGAGCAAAUUUUACUCUUAACAAUAUCUAUAAAAUUACUUUCUCAAAAUUAUUCCCUUUAAUUAUUUCCAUAAAAUGGUAAGUAGAAUAGUUGAGAUGGUUUUCAAAGUGGUCUCAUACCGCCAUCUCCUAUGCUACUAAUAUUAAUAGUAUUUUAAUUGUAAGGCUACUUUGCGAUUUGUUUUACGCGUGUUUGAUACAUAAAGCGAAGGCCUUAUCAAGCCUUUAAUCAUGGAUAUCAAAACGUUGCUCGCCAGUCUUCAUAAAGAACUAUCCUGUUCUGUGUGUAUGGUCACAUUUACUGAACCAAAACAGCUACCAUGUUUGCACAGGUUUUGCCUCCACUGUUUGGUAGGAAUUAAAAGAAACAGCGGCCACCAUGAUGUCAUAACAUGUCCAUGUCGAAGGGAGAGUCAAGUCCCUGGAGGAAACCUUAAAGAUCUGCCCGCCAACUUUCGCAUCAACAGCUUACUAGAAGUGUUGGCCAUAAAGGAGUGCAGUUCCACUGGAGUCAAAUGCGGAAACUGCGACAGACGAAAAGUAGAAGGUUUCUACUGUUUUCAGUGCUGUGUGUUCUGGUGUGAAGAGUGUAUCACUGUGCAUAACUUACUCCGAGAAAAUAAAGACCACCGAGUUCUCGCGCUGAAAGAUUUUGAAGAUCAUGACAUCGAGGAUGACUUAAAACGACCAAGAUUUGUUCCCGACAAGGCCACGAAAAGAAAGAACUGGAAUUUUUCUGUAAGAAAUAAGAAGAAACCGUUUGCAGUUCAUGCGUUGUAA